CGCCAAUCACGAAGGAGGUCAGGUGAAAUAAGCUGUCGAAACUUGCCCCCCUCAAAGCAUCCAGGCCAGCCGACCCGAAAUAUCCCACACGUCGUUUUCCCAACCUGGAAGUCACAUCUGGCCACAUCCUGACGUCUAGUGGUCAUGCAGUGUUUCUAGUUUGCAAAACCACAUGUUUGAUCCCACAGUUGAAAGAUAACAAAAUCUAAGUCUCCACGCCACCAGCCAACGAAUGCAGUCCAGAGUUGGUAAAAUACGAAACACCAACGGACUGCCACUUUCAGAGAACUUAUCAUCGUGUUCUGUUGUGGGUGACUUCUCGUUUGUUUUCAAAAUGGAGCUCAAACUGGGUUGCUGUGUUGUGAUGCUGGUCGUCUUGCUCGUGGGAAGUGGAAAGUGUCAGACGGUGGGCUUUGACACUGCACGUGAAUGUGUGGAGGGGGAGAACUCGUCGUUGCCUGUUUCCAGUGCAUGCAGGGAGCACUCGUCCACAAAUAGCAGUAUAGCCGCUGAUGGCAACUCCAGCACAACCACCUCUCCGCAUGGAGCCGGCGUCGAGGAGAGCUCGGAGAUCGUCACAACAGAUGCUUCACAUGUUGUCACCAAGGCAAGCUCAAUUACUGACACCACAACUUCGCCAACGGUGGCAUCGGAAGGAGCAGCUACGACGUCAGAGGGUGGAGCGGUAAACGUGACGCCCUCGUCAGCAGUAUCCACUGCCAGUGUUGACGGUGCCGAAGAAGCAGCUUUGGAGGACUUAGCCGCAGAAUCAGCUACGCCGUCAGCUACCACCGCCGACCUGGCCACAGAAUCAAACUCUGACAUCAGCACUGCGCCGACAUCCGCCGCCGAUGACGUCACCACUGACCCAUCAACUACUAGCUCAUCCACUAGUCCUACAGAGGCCACUGUAACGCCAGGUCCGAAAACUACAGUGGAGCCAUGUUUAUUCGAUAAUGGAGGGUGUUCCGACAUCUGUUUACCCAAACCGGAAGGAGGCUACGAUUGUGAAUGCUUCGAGGGACUGAUUCUUGGGGAGGACAGCAAAACCUGUGAAGACAAAAACGAGUGCCUUGACAACCCCUGUGAUGCCAACCAGGAGUGCUACAACAUCUAUGGCUCAUUCUUCUGCUUCUGUUCACAAGGUUACAUGGAGCUAGAUGACGGGUAUUGUGAAGAUAUCAACGAGUGUCUGGAUGAACCGUGUGGUGCUAAUGCUGGAUGCAGAAAUGUGCCAGGAUCUUAUGACUGCCUGUGCUUCCCUGGCUUCGUAUCGACUCUAGAGGGCGUAUGUGAAGAUGUGAACGAGUGUGAGUUCCCGACGCUCUGGGAGGCCAGGUGCGGACCCAAUUCUUUCUGCAUCAACACUCCCGGUUCAUAUGAUUGCGGCUGCGCAGAUGGCUUCAUGGCUGUGCCAAUUAUUGGCUGCCAGGAUGUCGAUGAGUGUAGUUCAUCUAAUGUCUGUGAUGGAGAGGGAGCUCUCUGUGUCAACACCGAGGGCAGCUUUCGGUGUGACUGCGAUGUGGGCUAUGAGCUUUCCACGGACGGAGACGGUGGUUGCAGAGAUAUCGAUGAGUGCAGAUCUUCCGAGCUGGAUGUGUGUUCUGGAUCAUCUCUUUGUCAGAACCUUCCUGGGUCUUACUUCUGCCAGUGCCCAGCUGGCUUUGUCGGUGACGGUGUCACCUGCGAAGAUGUAGACGAGUGUGAACUGGAAAUUUCAGACUGCCACGAGCUGGCUCGAUGCGGCAAUUUGAUUGGCUCUUACUUCUGCCAGUGCCAGAUCGGUUACCAUGGGGAUGGAAGAAACUGUUACGAUGCUGACGAGUGUGUUCUUGGCAACGGUGGCUGCUCUCAGAUCUGUGUCAACACCAAAGGGAGCUUCAGGUGUGCUUGCAAUGCCGGAUACAUCAUGGCACCCAACGGUCUGGAUUGCUUAGAUAUUGAUGAGUGUUUGGAAGACCACAUGUGCAUGCAGCAUUGCGAGAACACUUACGGUUCAUUCAAGUGUUACUGUAAUGCCGGGUACCAGCUACACAAUGAUGAGGUUACUUGCGUCGAUAUCGAUGAAUGUAAGCUCGGCAAUGGUGGCUGUGAGGAGAACUGCAUUAACACCCAGGGAUCGUAUUACUGCGAGUGUGGUCGUACCAGAUACUUCAUUGCUAACAGCACGACUCAUUGCCGAAAUGUAACAUCGUGUGAGGAAAAGAACGGUGGAUGCGCACAGCUGUGCCGGUUGGACCAGCGGGGUAUAGUGUGCGACUGCAGGGUUGGGUUUGUGCUUCAUAACAAUGGUCGAGACUGCAUCGACGUGAAUGAGUGCAGCGAUGCCAAUGGUGGCUGCGAACAGCUCUGUAGGAAUUCAGAAGGUAGUUACGAGUGUGAAUGCCGUGAAGGGUACCAGGUUAGCCCGGCAAACAGCUACAGAUGUGAAGCCACUUGUGAACCAGCAUGUCGCAAUUACGGUGUCUGCGUCGGUCCAAACCGCUGUGUGUGUCCCGCUGGCUACGGUGGUGAGACCUGCACUCCCACCUGUAAUCCCCCAUGCUCCCAUGGCGGUACCUGCUUGCGAUGGAACCGGUGUAUGUGCGCUCCAGGCUACAGCGGCAGAGGCUGUCAGAAAGCCCAUUGCGAGCUGCCUUGUCAGAACGGGGGGAAUUGUAUCGGUCCCAACGAAUGCCAGUGUCCUUCCAAUUACGUCGGUGACCAGUGCCAAACACCAUCCUGCCAGCCUGAAUGCUUGAAUGGAGGCUCCUGCCUCAAUGUCAAUUUCUGUCUAUGCCCACCGAACUACCGGGGCGCACGAUGUCAAAUAGAGCUAGAGAGGUGUGAUCAGCCCUGUCUCCACGGUGGUCGGUGCAUUGGAAACAACAGAUGUCGCUGCCCACCCAACUACAUUGGAUCCCGCUGCCAAACACUGAAGAUGACCGAGUGUCGUCCAAAGUGUCAGCAAGGCGGAUUGUGCUUGCCUGGAAAUAUCUGUAGAUGCCCUAAGGGAACCAGUGGAUUACACUGCCAGAGAAGAACUUGUCCUCUGGAGACCUACACGAAGUCCAUUGUACGGGGAGUCAGGAAACGCGUUCGGGAGGAGGUCACCAAGCCAUGCGGCCCCUUUGGCUGGAGAACCUGCACCACGCUUGAGUACGUGCAGAGAUUUGUGUACGUCACUCAGUACCUGACUGGCUAUCGCAUCGCCUGUCCCCAGUGAGCUAAUUCAGCUAAUAGGCCUGUCAGUGUUCCCACGCGACAGGAGGCGGAGUGGUUUACUUGAACCCAACACCAAAUUUCGUGAAGUUCACCAAAAUUUGACCUGUAUAGGCACCUUGCUGUGCAAUGAAAUUAAAGUCUUGAGUCACUUAAUAACUUUGGGGUCCAAACGUGUGACAUAUUUGGUGUCACUGUCUCACCCUACCUGUGGAAAUUGACACGGGAAUAUCAUUAAAAUUAACUGUAAGCUUCUUGUACAUGUGUAUUUGUUUGACAAGUAUUUUGCGUUACUUAAUCACUCCUAGAAAUUAAAGACUUGUAUUCCAAAGUUGCAAAGUUAUUUGUCAGAUGAUACAGGGACAGGAAAAAAUUGGACCCCAAAUUUAUAGAAUGACCCUCUUCCAAAGUUGCCACUUCAAAUUUUAAUUUGGACUGAAAACUAACUGGAGGUUGGCUUAUGCCCAUGACACUCAAUGAGUUGGUCAUUCUUGAUUAAUACUUCAAAUUGUGGUGAAGUCAGGGAUAUUUUGUAGAAAGGCUUACCUUCAAACUCUUUGCCAAAAUUCAGAAAGUUUGCCUGUCGUCUGAAAGCCCAAAGCGUAUUGCCAGAUCUACAGAUGUGUCAACAAAUCGUACUUAAAACGCCAGGAGCAUUCCUUUCCAUGUUGUAGUCGAACACUUUUCAAGUUGAGUUCUCUGCCAAAUAUUGAAUUAGUUAGGAGGGAACAUAGCUGAAGUACAUGGCAUUUGAUGGUACAUGCAUAAAUGGGAGAUUACAGAAUAAAAUGAUGACUUCAGACCGUCACUGUUUAGUAAAAUUAUGUUUUCAUGAUGAAACUACUCAUAAAUUACUCAACUGAGUACUUUUUGAGUACUUUUAUCAUUGAAACUUACAUUUUACAAAACUGGGAGUGCCUAAGGUCUCGCAUUUAGUUUGUAAUCCUACAUUUGUGCAUUUACCAUGAAGUGCCCAUACACUCCAGUUUUAUUCUCUCCUGACCAGUUCAAUAUUUGGUAGAGAACCUCGGUACUUGAAAAGUAAUAUUCAUACACAGAUAGAGGCCCUGGCUGUAUGUAGGCCUUUGUUAUUACAUUUUAUAAGCUACCCCAUUGUUUAUAGCUUCCUUUAAUAUUGUGACUCAGUUUCAGUGUUAAUGGCCUAACCUUUAUUUCUGUGUAAGAAAAUAAAUGUAUUGUAAAUGGCCAUAAGUCAGUGAAUAAAAUAUACAUGUUCUUUGCAAA